AUGGUAAGUCCAAGUGUGGCUUGUGAUACAACACGGGAUGCAGGGCUGGUCGAAAGUCCAGAUGGAAAUUCCAACUUAUACAUGCGUUGUAUAUCUUUUGGGUUUAAAACACUGGGUAUCUGGAAACUGGAAUCUUGUUUACCUGGCUACACUUUUCAAAUCAGUGAAAAAAAGUGUGUACCUAUGCAGCCUGCACCACAAACAAUCUUCAACAGCAGUUGCGCAGGGGGUGAAGAAUGUACUGGUGGAACGGUUUGUGAUCUCAAUAGCAUGCGAUGUUUGUGCCCCGUCGGUAUGACAGCCAAUCUGAAUACUUUGUUCUGUGUUCCAAUAGCUCCUUCAUUCAAAUCCCUCCAACAAAAAUUAUUAAGUGGACAUGAAGUAAUGUUGACUACCAAAAACAAUAUGUCAUCAAAUGUUUUUAACAUGCAAGUACCACCCGGAAGCAGUUGUUCAAAUAAUGAAAUAUGCGGUGGUGGUUCAUUUUGCAGCCUUCCGGUAAAAUUAUGCCUAUGUCCUGGUGAUAUGGAAGAUUUUAAUGGUCAAUGUCUAUCAUCUGAACGACAUGCUAUCUUAGCUAAUAAAAAAGCAAAACAAAAUCUAAUUAAUUUAUUUGGGUUAGGUGCUAAUUGCAACGACGCAGUACGUUGUCUAAACGGUACGACAUGUGUCGGUGGUCACUGCAGAUGUCCAAUUCCUCUGACUCAGGAAGGUGAUCGAUGCGUAGAAAAACAGUCAGUACUCAGAGUUGGUCCUGGGGAAUUAUGCAACGGAAGUCAGAUAUGUUCUCGUGGAUCAGUAUGUCAUCCAAUCAUUCCUGUGUGCAUCUGUCCGGAAAAUACCGUUCUUCAAGAAAACUCUUGCUUUCCAAUUCCUUCAGGAGUAAUCAAUCAAAUUGCGAAUAUAUGGACACUAUCGAAAGUCAUAAGUACUACGACUGAAAAGAUGCAGAAAUUCCUAACAACACCUAAAUUAAACAUCAAAUUUGGUAGAGUGGGACAGGCUGCUGUUGGAUUUCCAUGUCGUGAUAAUGUUGACUGUAUUAUAGGAGCAUUUUGCAAAGUCAAUACCAAUCCAGCCACUUGCCAAUGUCUCUCAACCCAUGUCAACAUUGAUAAUUUCUGUGAAAAAGUGAUAUACCCUGGACAAAGUGGAUGUCAUCAUGAUAUCCAGUGUUCGAUGGCAUAUGCUGCUUCUGAAUGUUCUGCUGGUCAUUGUAUCUGUCCCGAUAGUUUUAAUGCUGUAGAACAAACUUGCAAACCAGGUUUCGGUUAUGAUUAA